GAGGACAUCGACUGGGCAGUGAUGUCGUGCCCUGUCGACUGCAUAUAUUGGGUCAGCCGCGAGGAGCUGCAGUACUUGGAGUACACCACCGCCAAGAGCAUCUACGAGAGCAACGGGGAGAUGGCCAACGCGAUGCUCGGCGGUGACCUGGCCGACCCGUUCACGAGGGCGAACCUGGAGAAGGAGAGACUCCAACGAAAGCGGAAAACCGAGAUAACCAAAGGCCUUGGGCAGCUCGACAAGAUGUCCGAGCAGAUCAGGGCCGCUUUCGCACGCCUUCCCGGAGUCUUGAGAAUCCAAGGCUGGGCGCAGCGGCGCAGCUUGAAGCAGUGAGUGAUGGCCGCACUCGGCGAGCACCCAGCACAGUGGGCGGGCUGCGAGGAACGCUGAGGGCACAUCCUUCAGGCGUUUUUUUGUUGGCGGGGGAUGUAGGAGGAGGGGGAUGUGGUGCAGCCGUGCGGCCCAGCGGCGGAGACUGCCGAGUUGCGGCUGCAGGGGUUGCAUGUCAAUUAGCCGCGAAGUCAUCGUGUAGUUGGAGGCCUGUGAGGCCGUGUCUCGUGGUCUGCCAUGGUGCGUGCAAUGUGUCAUGCGGCCGCAGCCAUAGGGUUCUCAGCGUUGCUUGGUAAGUUCAGCACGUGGCCAAUACUGUGCAUAGAGUAGUGCACUGGAUGCUGUGCACUGCUACAGUCACAUGCUUGCCAUCACGAGUUUGCCAGCUUUUACCUGGCAUUGCGAUUUUUCCCAGAAUCGCGGCCCAGUCCACCUCAUUGUCUCUGUCUCGAAACUGGUUGACCGAGCCUCCCGACAUUUCUGCUUAGUUUCUCUCCUAACGCAGCCGCGAACUUUUUCAGCGUGAGCACCGCUCUUCUAUGACUUGCUGCCCUGAUCGCGCGAGCAUCGCUCUUCAAUGACUUGCUGCCCGGAUCGUUCUGGUUCAGCUCUGGCAGGCAAAAGCGGCUUCUCACUUAUUUUACCGGUCGCUCC